GAUCCCUGAAAGGGGUACAUGAUGCGAUGAUACCAUCAUCAUUUCACUCAUUCCUAACAAGUCCAACAACAAUAUCGGUCAUUCUACCAUAUUUAUCACUGAUUAUUAUAAGCACAAUUGUCCAGUUCUGAAUAUUUUUGUGUAUGUCUUUAAAUAACUAUGAAACCUCAAGGUUCGUGUGAAGAAGUGACGAAAAAUGUGGUCGAUUGUUGAAGAUUGUUGGAGGGAGGUAAUCAUUCUUAUAAAGGUCUACACACAUUAAAGGAUAAGUAACCUAUGGUGCAAAAAAUGAAAGUGGUACUAGGAAGUGUGGUGCUUUUGGCGGCCGUCUUGUGCGCUGUUUUGGCCGCUGUGAACCCAGGAACAGACGAUAAGAAGCAACUUCUUCUGGUACAUGUUAUCAUGAGACAUGGAGCAAGAACACCGGCUUCUACAUAUCCAAAAGAUCCCUACAUAAACGAAACCUUCUACCCCUUUGGUUGGGGGCAACUCACUAACAGAGGUAAAAUGGACCUUUACGAAACCGGAAAAUAUCUGAGGGAACGCUACAAUUCUUUUUUGGGUGAGCGAUACACCCCAAACGUCUUCUAUACCCAAUCUACAGACGUCGAUAGGACGAAAGCGAGCAUGCAAGUGGUUAACGCCGGACUGUGGCCUCCCAAAGGGGACCAAAUUUGGGGACCUAUUCCCUGGCAACCCAUACCAGUCCACUCCGAACCUCUAGACGAAGAUAUGUUACUUCUAGUGAGGAAACCCUGCGCCCAAUAUUCCCUGGAGAUGGAGAAGGCCAAGGAGUUACCAGAGGUCAAGAAGAAGUUAGAAGAGUUCCGACCUUUAUUCCAGUCAGUUUCCAAACAUACCGGUGCUAAAAUGGAAGAUUUCGCUGACGCAGAAGACAUUUACAGCACCCUUGUUGCAGAAAAAAGUUACAAUCUCUCCUUGCCAGAGUGGACGAAGGAGUUUUUUCCCGAACCAUUGGAAAAACCGACCAUCUUCUUUUACGUCUUCAACUCUUACACCGAAAAGAUGAAGAGACUGAAGGGAGGUGUCCUUCUGCAUAAGCUGAUCGAAGACUGGAAGGCCAAAUCUAGAGGAACCCUAGAGCCACAAGAGAGAAAGGCUUUCCUAUACGGAGGACACGAUUCUACCAUCGCCAACCUUCUCAGCGCCCUCAACGUCUGGGACCCACAAAUACCUGCGUACGGUAUCACGAUCAUGUUGGAAAUGUCCAGGGAUAUCAGCUCUGGAGAAAUAGGAAUAGAGAUUUACCUGAGAAAUACCACAGACUCGUCACCUCAUCUGCUGAAAGUACCAGGAUGCCAGACUUUCUGUCCAUUGGACAAGCUGAUAGAUCUGACGAAACCAGUGAUCCCUCAGAACUGGCAGGAAGAGUGUAAAUCUGACGAUCCAAAUUACACUCCCCCACCACCGAGCGGUCCGUGAAGUUUCUUGCGAAAUAAAUCCAAAAAAUUAUAAUUAUAUAUAAUGGAGAAGUUGAAAUUUCAUCGAAAAAUUAUGUGACUGAGAUGUUGCAUAACUUUUGGGAGUUGUAUAUUUUUGAAAUAAAUGGUUUUUAUAAUUUUUCAUAUAUUUUACAAA